AUGAAGAUGAUGAUGAAGAAGAAGCAGCGAACGUCGGUAGCAGCAGCGCUGGUGAGCGCUAAUUACGGUUCAUCAGGUGGUAAUCACCACGGUCAUGGUAAUAACCAGUACGGAGGUUCAUCCGCUGGACUGGACGAGUAUGUGAACGCUGCCACUGGUGGCUCGCACGGCGCUGCCAACCAGCUGACCGCUCAGGCUGAGGCCUCUCCCUCGGCUGAGGACUCCCGUCGCUUGGGACGCGUGCAGGCGCAAAUCCAUGCCCUGAACUCCAACCCCACCUACCAGAAGCUGAAGAACUCCGAGGAUAUUGCCGAGUCUCUGGCUGAGACCAAUCUGGCCAGCAACAUCCGUCAGGGCAAGAUCAAUGUGGUCUCUCCCCAGUUUGUUGAUCAGCAUCUGUUCCGUUCCCUGUUGGUGCCCUCAGGCCACAACAACCACCAGGUGAUCGCUACACAGCCCCUGCCCCCAAUCAUUGUCCACCAGCCCGGUGCACCCCCAGCUCAUGUGAACAGCGGCCCACCAACUGUUGUGCGCGGCAACCCCGUCAUCUACAAGAUCAAGCCUUCCGUCAUCUACCAACAGGAGGUGAUCAACAAGGUGCCAACUCCUCUGAGUCUCAACCCCGUCUACGUCAAGGUUUACAAGCCAGGCAAGAAGAUCGAGGCUCCUUUGGCCCCAGUCGUCGCUCCAGUCUACCAGCAGCAGGGCUAUGGUCAGCAGCAGGGUUAUGGACAGCAACAGGGUUAUGGCAACUCUGCUGGUCACUCUGCCGGCAGCGGCUCAUCCAACACCGACAGCUACUCCGCCGGUGCUGACUCCCCACUGUACGCCAGCCCCGCUCCUUAUGGUGCUCCUAGCUACUAA